GUAUCCCUGGGGCUACGCCGGCAGCUACCCAUUGCCGGGACCAGGACCAGGCCCCUGUGUGGUCGCCCCGCCGGCCAUGGCCGAGUCGGCCACCCUGUCGCCAACAGGCGCGAGCCCGGCCCGGCGACCUCCGGAGGAGGAGGAGGCGCCAGCGCCGCCUACGGUCAACUCACUUGAAACAACGCUUCCUGUGGGCCCCAGUGAUCUGGACUUUCAGGAGUCGCUGGUCUGCUCUUUCUCGGCCGUGGUGGACGAAAUGCUCCAGUUCAAGUACGGCUGCGGCAUAGACAUGGUGGACUACCGGGCCAAGCUGAGAGUUCUUUGCGAUGCGAGUGCGCUUUGCUCCAUGCCGCGGCUGGUGGACGCUGCCAACUCGCAGAAAGACUUCUUCGCCUUGGACGCCAGCAACUGCCAGGUACAGCUGCGGCUGACAUACCAGGAGCUCUCGUCCUUCGGCGCCCUCUGCGAGAGGCUUCGGAUGCUUCCGGGCACCGCCAGCGCCGUGGUGGUCAUCUCCACGCGGGGCG